AUGGCGAAAGGUAGAAAGAAUAGACAACAUUUGAAACAACGGCGGGUAAAGAACGAUUUUAAAAAGAAAUUGAAAGGCCAAAAGCGAAACCAUAAAGAGAUUGUAGGAUCACAUUCGAACGAUACAGAACAUGACGAUGGGAUUCUUGUGAAGAAACCGAAGAAGGAUUCUAGCACUACUGAGACUAAUGAAAUAGACAGUUCAGAUAGUGAACAGGAUGUUGGCAAUCUCUAUCUGGAGCUGGUCAACUCACUUGGUGCAGGUCCUGGAUCAUAUGGAGAGGAGUUGAAAGAGAAAUGGAAAGAUGAUGAGAGUGACAAAAAUGAUGAGGAAGAAAUUGAAGAGGAAAUGGUGCAAACUGAAAGUGAGGAUGAAGUUAAGGAGGCCAAUAAACAAGUGAAUGGAGAUGCAGAAGCUGUUCAAAAACUUCAGGAAGAUAGUGAAGGUGAUAAUGUCAGCAAGGAUGUUGAUGAUGAUGAAAAUGGCACUGAUGAACCUGAAAACAUGGCUGAUGACUACAGAACAGAAGGUGCUGCAAGAGAAGAAAUCGAAGAUGGAGAGGAAAAAGAUGAAAGCAGUGAUACCGAUGAAAAAGAAGGAAAAACAUCAGUAGGAUCCCAAGACCCAUUUACAGUGCAUUUUGAACAAGAUCUUUCUGAAACAACAGAGAAGCAACUCAGUGAUCUCAGAACUUGGAAACAGACAACAAGAAAAAUUCCUUUAUUUGGUAAUGUUACAGAAAUUAUUCCAGGAGCUGAAGGCUUACCCACAUUACAUACAAACAUAGAAAAGGAACUUACAUUUGCUGAUUUGAAGAUAAAGUCAAGACUUGCUCAUGCAUGGCAGGCAAUCAAUCAAAUACCUAACUCUGAAGGGUUGUUUACUCCACUACAGCAAGAUCUUUUUUACCAUAUCCACUCAUACAAGGAUGUUUAUUACUCAAGCCGCACCUUCCAGAAUGGUGAUGAAAUAAGAAGGAUGUAUUGUCUACAUGCUGUUAAUCACAUCUUGAAGACGCGGUCAAGAGUGAUGAAGAAUACUGCAAAAAUUGUUCAGUCUUGGAAAGACAAAAAAGAAAUUGGUGAACUCCGUGAUCAAGGACUUACAAGACCCAAGAUUUUGAUCCUAGUUCCUUUCCGUGAUGCAGCGUUAAAGGUGGUGGAGGUUAUCAUGCACCUUAUCUGUCCAGAGGAAGGUGGUCAAGUUAUGAACAAGAAACGAUUCUACGAGGAGUUUGGGGAGACAGAGGACUCGAGCAGUUCAAAGGAAAACAGGCCAGAAGAUUUUAAACAGAUGUUUGCAGGGAACAUUGAUGACUGCUUUAGGAUUGGAAUUUCAGUUAUGAAAAAAUGUGUGAAGUUGUAUGCCAAGUUUUACUCAUCAGAUAUUAUUGUAGCGUCGCCUCUUGGACUAAGGACAAUCAUUGGAAGUGCAGGAGAAAAGUCCCAUGAAUAUGAUUUCCUUUCAUCCAUUGAAGUUAUUAUUGCUGAUCAAACAGAUGUCUUCCUCAUGCAAAACUGGGAACAUGUUCAGCACGUCUUUGAGCAUCUCCAUCAGCAACCAAAAGACUCGCAUGAUGUUGACUUUUCUCGUGUGAGAAUGUGGUGUCUGAAUGGAUGGUCGAAGUAUUACAGACAGACCCUCAUAUUCAGCAGUUUCGUGUCACCUGAAAUGAACUCUCUGUUUAACAGACAAUGUUUCAAUUUUGCUGGUAAGGUGAAAGUUUGUUCAACUGAUGUACCAGGUUCUAUUUGUCAAGUGGCCGUCCAGGUUCCCCAGACCUUCCAUCGUUUUGACUGCUCAAAUUUUUCAGAAGCCGCCAACAAGAGAUUCCAAAUCUUUAUAGAUAAGGUUUUACCCGAUUUCAAGGGUUCCCUUAUGGGCCACACAGCAAUCUUUGUUCCAUCGUACUUUGACUUUGUGCGUCUGCGAAAUUACUUCAAACGUGAAGGCAUAGACUGUGCGCAGAUUUCAGAAUACUCACAACCGAAAGAGAUACAGAGAGCCCGGACGCACUUUCAACAAGGAAAGAGACCGUUUCUUUUGUUUACGGAAAGAUUCUACUUCUUCUACAGGUAUCGCAUUCGAGGAGUCAGGAAUAUCAUUUUCUACGAACUCCCGCACUACUCUACGUUCUACACGGAGAUUCUAAAUUUCAUGGAUACAAGGAGCAAUCGGUUGAAGCCUCAGAUGAAUCCUGUUAAUUGUACUGUGUUAUACACAAAGUCUAAUGCGCUGCGUCUGGCUAGAGUGGUGGGUUCGCGACGCUGUAGUCGCAUGAUCUCCUCUGAAAGCCAGGUUCAUAUGCUUGUUACUGGUGACGAGGAUGAAUGAAUGGUUGCUCAUGCGUGUUAGAGCGACGAAGGAAAACACCCCAAGGGGCCAAUAGAGCGCAAUUUGAGAACAAGCAAGCAUCUUGCUACACCCAAUUGUACACGCGACCUAGACUGAUCCCCACGUGAUUCCAGAUAUAAGUGCAAGAGGGCUGCCUUAACGUACGGUGAUUCGUGGUGAGGUAACACAUUUGCAAAUGCGAGCAGAAAUGCUGUUUGGACUUGCGCAAUGGCCCAAGAUUGUACUAUCAUGGAGGAAGCUAAUGCGAUCAUAUUUCAGCAGACUCAGAAAAUGAAAUUAUCAAUAUGCAACAAAAUAUUUUAAUUCGAAACUUUUCCAGUGUUAAAAAACUUUACGCAAGUGUCUUGUCGUCUAUAACGAAAUACGAAAGUUCUUACGAAUCUGUUUGUGUUAACUAACAGAACUUCGUGUGACGUUCCCUUCGAAACAAACAUCUAUCACCCAUACGAACACUGGUACAUCAUCGAAGGUAACAUUGCACAACUCGAUCAAACGUUUAAUCAGAUAAACUAGUUUUACCAUACAAACAAUCGAUUAAUCAUUAGUCAACGAGUCAGUCAAUCAUUCGAUCGGUAGGUCAAUGACUCACUGACUCAGU